CGUGUGUACGUUCGAAACAGCCUUCUGCUGAGCAACGACUCAAAGACGCCGGGGUCUUACGGCCGGGGCAGUGGGAGCAGUCUGGAGGAGGGAGGAGGAGAUCUGCUGCACACUCUCUUUCCCGAACAGAUGAGGAAGGCCAAGGCGCUGUGUGCACCACCGGGACAUAUGUAUGCCACGGAUGAAUUCCUGCUUACAUCAGCUGCUGACAGGUUUUGCCACAGUCUGCUUGCUGAGGAGGAAGAGGAGGAGGAGGAAGAGCCAGUGGUUGGAGAGCAAUGGCUCAGCAGAAAGCCGGUGAAGAAGUCAGAGGAUCAGCAGCAGAAAGAGCCUGUGAUACUGUUUUCGGCGAUUGAUGGAUACAGUCGCUUCCUGUUUCCCUCCUGUUUCAUGCUAUACAAUUGCUUCUACUGGCUCUACUACCUAGUUCUGAAAAAGAAGGACUGA